GAAGUCAGAGCCUUAAACCACUGAGCCACCCAGGCGCUCCCACUUGAACUUUCUACCCGUCUGAAUUCUAAGGUUUUCUGGCAGAGUGUGGUGAUCAGCGAGUGAUGGUGAAUUUCCAUACUUGUGUGUGCCAAAUAUUUAUUUUCUAGAGACAAAAUUGUAAUCCUGUACCUUUUUUUUUUUUUUCAGAAUAUUUUGCAGUGAUGGUCGUGUAUAUUGAUCUGUCACCUGGGAACAUAUGUGUGUGUGUAUAUAUGUAUACAUAUGUGUAUGUAUAUAUGGUGUGUGGAUGUGUGUUUAUAUAAAGCCAGUUGAAGUAGGUUCUUGUAAAUUUGGAAGGAGGUAACAUUGGAUUUGGGGAUUUUUUUUAAUUAGUGAAAUAUACUCUUUAAAGAAAAAAGUAGGCUAUUUUAUUCAGCUUUAUGAGAGAGUAGCACCUUAUAAUACAUGUUCCAAGGAUCUUCUAAUUCACCUCCACGUUCUGAAGUCAGGGCUGGUGCUAGUAUCCCCAUCCAGCAGAUGAGGAAGCAGCACAAGGGCGGGGCGCGCCUCCAGUCCCCUGUGCUCAGGCAGCGAACUACACCCUCACCGGUGGCCCAGUGCUCCCCACUGUGUAUAAUUGUUCACCCUUAAAGUGUCAGGUUAUUUUAUGCAGUUGACUCAGUAUUGCCUUUUUCUCUUUUUGUAUUCAUAGACUGGAAAAGUAAGAAGAGCUUUCCUGCCUUUUUAAUUACCAAACUACUCUCAGUUUUCAAUGAAUCAAUUCAAAGAAAGAAUGCAGUCUUUCUAUACCUGACUCAAGAAUGAACAAUCCGUCAGAAACCAGUAAACCAUCUAUGGAGAGUGGAGAUGGCAACACAGGCACACAAACCAAUGGUCUGGACUUUCAGAAGCAGCCUGUGCCCGUCGGAGGAGCCAUCUCAACAGCCCAGGCCCAGGCUUUCCUUGGACAUCUCCAUCAGGUCCAGCUCGCUGGAACAAGUUUACAGGCUGCUGCUCAGUCUUUAAAUGUACAGUCUAAAUCUAACGAAGAGUCGGGGGACUCACAGCAGCCGAGCCAGCCUUCCCAGCAGCCGUCAGUGCAGGCGGCCAUCCCCCAGACCCAGCUGAUGCUGGCUGGAGGACAGAUAACUGGGCUCACGUUGACGCCGGCGCAGCAACAGUUACUGCUCCAGCAGGCCCAAGCCCAGGCCCAGCUGCUGGCCGCCGCCGUGCAGCAACACUCGGCCAGCCAACAGCACAGCGCUGCCGCUGCCGGGGCCACCAUCUCCGCCUCUGCCGCCACGCCCAUGACGCAGAUCCCCCUGUCGCAGCCCAUCCAGAUCGCGCAGGAUCUGCAGCAGCUGCAGCAGCUUCAGCAGCAGAAUCUCAACCUGCAGCAGUUCGUGCUGGUGCAUCCGACCGCCAACCUGCAGCCCGCGCAGUUCAUCAUCUCCCAGACGCCCCAGGGCCAGCAGGGUCUCCUGCAAGCGCAAAAUCUUUUAACGCAACUACCUCAGCAAAGCCAAGCCAACCUCCUACAGUCACAGCCAAGCAUCACCCUCACCUCCCAGCCAGCAACCCCGACGCGCACGAUAGCGGCCACUCCGAUCCAGGCACUCCCCCAGAGCCAGUCGACACCAAAGCGAAUCGAUACCCCCAGCCUGGAGGAGCCCAGUGACCUUGAGGAGCUUGAGCAGUUUGCCAAGACCUUCAAACAAAGACGAAUCAAACUUGGAUUCACUCAGGGUGAUGUUGGGCUCGCUAUGGGUAAACUGUAUGGAAAUGACUUCAGCCAAACGACCAUCUCUCGCUUUGAAGCCUUGAACCUCAGCUUUAAGAACAUGUGCAAGCUAAAGCCACUCUUGGAGAAGUGGCUAAAUGAUGCAGAGAACCUCUCAUCUGAUUCAGGUCUCUCCAGCCCAAGUGCCCUGAAUUCUCCAGGGCUGGGAAUGGAAGGCUUGAACCGCAGGAGGAAGAAACGCACCAGCAUAGAGACCAACAUCCGUGUGGCCUUAGAGAAGAGUUUCUUGGAGAAUCAAAAGCCUACCUCGGAAGAGAUCACCAUGAUUGCUGAUCAGCUCAGUAUGGAAAAGGAAGUGAUUCGUGUUUGGUUUUGUAACCGUCGCCAGAAAGAAAAAAGAAUCAACCCACCAAGCAGUGGUGGAACCAGCAGUUCACCUAUCAAAGCAAUUUUCCCCAGUCCGACCUCACUGGUGGCAACCACACCAAGCCUUGUGACGAGCAGCGCGGCCACGACCCUCACGGUCAAUCCAGUCCUCCCGCUGACCAGCGCGGCGGUGACGAGCCUCUCUGUUACAGGUAACGUGACAGGCAGCACGGACAGCGCGCCCAGCAGCACCGCCACCGUCAUCUCCACGGCGCCGCCCUCCGCCGCCGCCGCCGCCUCCCCCGCGCUGAGCCCCUCCCCGUCGGCCUCGGCCUCCGCCUCCGAGGCGUCCAGCGCCAGCGAGACCAGCACGACCCAGACCACCUCCACGUUGUCCUCGCCCCUCGGGACCAGCCAGGUGAUGGUGACCGCGUCCGGGCUGCAGACGGCGGCCGCCGCCGCCCUCCAGGGGGCCGCCCCGCUCCCGGCCAACGCCAGCCUCGCCGCCAUGGCCGCGGCCGCCGGCCUCAGCCCGGGCCUCAUGGCGCCCUCGCAGUUCGCAGCUGGAGGUGCCUUACUCAGCCUCAACCCAGGGACCCUGGGCGGCGCCCUCAGCCCGGCCCUCAUGAGCAACAGCACACUGGCGACCAUUCAAGCUCUUGCCUCUGGUGGCUCCCUUCCAAUAACGUCACUGGAUGCCACUGGGAACCUGGUCUUUGCCAAUGCAGGCGGAGCCCCCAACAUCGUGACUGCCCCCCUGUUCCUGAACCCUCAGAACCUCUCUCUGCUCACCAGCAACCCCGUGAGCUUGGUCUCUGCUGCCGCAGCCUCCGCAGGGAACUCUGGACCUGUAGCCAGCCUUCACGCCACCUCCACCUCCACCGAGUCCAUCCAGAACUCUCUCUUCACAGUGGCCUCCGCCAGCGGGGCCGCCGCCGCCACCACCACCACCGCCUCCAAGGCACAGUGAGCCGGCUGGGCUGCACGGGGCUGCCACCAGCCUUGUCCACUUGCGGCACGAUGGGCUGCCGGCCAGGCUGAGACUGAAAAAUGUGAUUGGCUUCCUCUUGCCAUGUUUCCGCAGCAAGGGAGAGAAGGGAGAGGAGGAGAAAAACGCAUACCAGAAAAAAAGGAUGGAGAAAGGACAACAUUUGCCUAAUUUUGUAAUAAAACACUGUCUUUUCAGGAUUGCUUCAUGGAUUGGAGAACUUUCUAACCAAAAAGUUAAAAAAAAAAAAAAAAAAAGCAGAAACAAAAAAUCAAAAACAAACAAAAAAA